CUCGCGCAAGGAAGCCUUUCUGGCGCGCCAAAUUUCAAAGGACUUCCUGGGAAAAGGACGCGAAAAAGGGGGACAACAGCGAUUCAAUCAAGUAUAAAUAUCCCAUUUUGCAAUCCCAUCUUCUCAAUAAAAAGGUGCAGGGACGUCACUUGGCAAGACACAAACUUUCUGUCAUUUUAAUUUCGACCAACAGACAAACCCGAAUCUCUGUAGAGUAAACGAGAGUUAGACAAGCCAUAGUACUGUAAUUGUAAGUCUAUUUUCAUCAAACUAUCACAUACCGGUACCUGUUGGUUAUUUGCAUGAGUAGACAUGUACACGGGUAACGUUGUAUCUGCAUUUUAAACGCUAUUUUAAAGUUGUCACCAGUACAAUUUCUCUCCAUCAUAAUAAAAUGCAUUGUACUUAAAUGAAUAUCAAUCAUAUAUUUAGUUGAGCGCAGCUCAGGGCUUUAUUCUGGCCGACUCGAUCGGGUGCGGGAGGGGUUGUUGGGAGUCGCAAUGCUGUCAGAAGCGCAGCCCUGCUUUCAGCUGCUGAGAAUCGGCUCUUCCUCAUCAAACGGCAGCGCUCUCCCGGACUCGUCCCGGGACCUGUACACGUUUCGGCCUGCUCUCACUCAUUCAGUGUUCAGGCUAGGCCGGGCGGCGGAGCUGUGCGAUGUUACCCUGGAUGCCGCCAAUGUGUCUCGCAUUCACGCAGAGCUGCACGCAGAGAAGGAGACCGCUCUAAAUGGAGAGGAGGGCUGGACAGUGCGGGUCAAGGAUCGAAGCAGCUACGGAACCUGGGUCAAUGAUGCACGUCUGCAGCCUGGUGUUAAAUGGGAGCUUUCAGAUAGUGACACCCUCGCUUUUGGUGGGCAGUCCGAACAAGGGAGCCCGGAGUUCUAUUUCCUGUUCCAGAAAGUCUGUGUGCGCCCGCUCGAUUUCGACGCCAUCACCCUCCCGAAGGCGGGCUCCUUCAGCUCGGACCUGCAGAACCGCAUCCGGACCAGUCAGGAGCGCAAGGUGGAGCCACAGCUGGACCUCAGCCGCCUGUCAAUCAAGCGCGCCACCGUCAUCCUCAACUCCAUCGGCAGCCUGAGCAAGAUCAACGGCAGCUGCUGGACCUUCCGCCGGGCCGACGGCAGCACGUCCACCACGCCGGCGUCCGGCCUCGUCGGCGGCCCCACGCCCACCUUCCUCAUGCCCCCCUCGACGCCCCCGCCUCCGGCCGCGCCGCCCGCCACCUCCUGCAGCACGUCGGCCAAGAGCCGCCGCAAGUCGGCCCACACGGUGCUCCUGGAGGACGACAGCGCGGACGAGCAGGGCGACGCCGUGUCGGUCGGCGAGGCCCGGCUGCGCGGCCGGAAGAGGCGGCGCCUCUACAAGUCCGAGUCCGAGGUCUUCCACCCGCCGCUGGCCAAGCCCGAGCCCCGAGCUCCCGCUCGGCCCCACGUCAACAUCACCUACGACAAGCACGCGCACCAUCACAAUCACAAUCACAACAAUCACCACCACGGCCAGGUCAGGAUGGGCCAGCACAUCAUCGCCAACGUGCACAUGCGACGCACAAGCGCCGACACCGCCUGCGGCCGUGGCAACGGCGGCCGCGGCACCCCCGUGUUCCGCCAGCGGGAGCCCAAGGGCCUGUCUCCGGCGACGCGGGGCCGCAGGAGGUCUGCACCGUCGCCUAUGUACUCCCCCCUGGUGGUGGGAGGAGAGAACUACAACCUGGCCUCGCCCUCCCUAAGGCUGGCCAGAGGAGGCAGGGAGAGGAACCAGUUCUCCCGCUUCCAUGUCACUACUACAGGGAAGCGGCGUGGCCGACCCAGGAAGCACCCUCUUCCUCCGCGCCAGUCUCUCCCCUCCCCUACCUCCUCCUCCUCCUCCUCGUCCUCCUCUUCCUCCUCCUCUUCGUCCUCCUCUUCCUCUUCGGACGACGACGACGAGGAGGAGGAGGAAGAGGAGCGGGCCCAGACGGGCGGCCCGGAGGCGUGUGCGGCCGGCCUGCGCUGCCGGCUGCCCCAGCAGGACACGGUGCAGUGGAUCCAGUGCGACGACUGCGACGGCUGGUACCACGUGGACUGCCUGCGCUGCGCCCGGCCCUCGCUCCUGCUCGACCCCAACGCUGACUUUCACUGCGGCUGCCGCUAAGUCCUAGCACCUCCACCUCUCAACCUCUCCACCCACACACACACGCACGCACACAUGCAAACAGACAAAAGUCUUCCUGCUUCCAUACAGCAAAGACCGGCCCCACUGAUAAACGCAGAGGCUACUGCGAGCAGCUACUUCCACCCACUGCUACUGUGCAUGUGGACACAUUACACAUUAAAAAAUGCCCUGUGGCUGUAACAUGGCAUUGACUUGUACACUGUGUGCUACUGUAUGUGCUCACAGCCCACUCUACUGUGGAUGCACAUUAACAUGCACACAGUACGACGGCCCCUUUCGCUUUAGACUGCCAGACUUGAGCGCCAAUUUCAUUGGUGCCACACACCCACACCACACCGCCACUUUAUCAUCAGUGAAACCGUUCAUCCGCUAAUGUUAAAUGAUAUAUUAGCUAAAUACACACACACGCACACACGCCUUUUUCGAAAAUCCAGAAAUGUCUUAAUUGUGUAACCUCACCUGUCACCAUGGCCAUGCACACAUUGGGUGUCGGUCAAUCAGGAAUGUGCGCUCAUGCACACACACACACACACACACACACACACACACACACACACACACACACACACACACACACACACACUCUCUCUCAAUCUCUAACACACACUCAAACACUCACUCUCUCACUCACAAGCCAUCAGCGUCACUCACCGUACCCAUCAGCUACUCUGUCUGACCCGGGCACAGUUCUGUAAUUGGUUCAGAUAAAGCUCUUAAUGAAUUCCGCUGGCUGAUUUAGUGUUGACUUAAAAGCGUUCCGCGGCAGCUUCCUUCCUGCCGGAGAGAGAGCGAGAAAAAGAGAGAGAGAGAGAAAACCACUCAAGGGGACCAGCUCCUGGCAACACUGAUGAAAACUCUGGCACAGACGCGGCCGCAUUAGAAGCACCCUGAUCAUUACAGUGGCAGGAGGAGCAGAGCUGAUGCAUUAAAGUGACUUUUUAAAAAGGCUUUUGUGGAUCGUCCUCCUGCAUUUGAAGACUCAUUCCCUCUCCCUCUUUGGGGGAAAAAAAGGAAAGGAAGGAGGCCAUCGUGGACUUCUGCUGGGAAAUGGUCUGAAAUGGCAUUUUAAGGCUGAACUUUAAUGGCGUGCGGCAGGCGUGCGUUGGGGAAAUUACUCUCAUCAAUCACUCGCCCAGCGGAAGGUGGCGUUUGGGAUGCUUUAAAGGACUUCAUCUCGAGCCUCACAUCGUAGACUUUGAUAUGGAACACUUUUGCGGUUCACUCCUUGUGGGGAAAUUACCAUCAUUGCUUUGUAAAUUUCAGUGGGCAUUUACCUACGGAGUGCCACCAGAGGAGCUGUGCUCAAGUUUUCAAGCAGUGAACUUUGAGAGGACGUGACUCACUCGUGUGUUUACCACACCCUCAAUGCAGUUGUAGGCACCAGGCUGCUUAGGCAGGCAAUACGACUGUGAGGCUUGGGAAGCACAUUUUUUGUCAUCUGCCUCUGGCGUGUCAGUCUGACAAUUUGUAUGUAUGUGUGUGGGUGUGUGUGCAUGUGUUGGGAGUACUACUUUUGGGUGGCCCAUUUAACACUGUCGUGUAAGGUUCAAAGGGGGGGUGGGAGUACAGCCCUUUGACGCUGGCGUUUAAAGCAAGCCCUGCGGUUGUGCAAAUUAUGAGGCCAUUUUCUAACCAGAUGUAAUAAUUAAUCCAAAAGCUACAAGAUGUUGUGUGGGCAGAAGAAUGCAUUGUGUUUUGCUGCCCUUGCUAAACUGUAUACCAGAUUUUAUAACAUUUCUUACAGAUCAGUCCAGUGCUCUGUUUGUAUUAUGGGAUGUAUUAAUGCAUAUAAAAAGCAUAAGGAGCAGGUAUUAAUUAAAGGUCACAUCUGCUGUCAGGAAUUCAGCUUCUUGUGGAAAACAAAAAUAUUAUAUAUUUUAUUUUUCUUUCCAUUCGUCUUAUUAACCUAAGCUUCCACUUUUUGCAGGCGCUAACCUCAUGUGUAGGAAUCUGUUGUACUGCUAUAACUGAUAGAUUUAAGCCGGUUUAUAUCUAUGAAUGUGUUUAUGAUUUCACACUGUCUUCACUUUACCCAAAAUGGAUCAGAACCAUUGUAAUCUGCAUGCCUUUCACAGUGUUGGGCUAUGAGGUGCGAGGGAAAUCAGGGCCUGAAUAAAAUAUUUAAAA